CACUGAACACCGCAUUCGACGAAGAGACGCGAUUGGUGCCGAUGAGGACGCUGCUGAUUCCGCAACACACGGGCAGAGCCGAGCUGCAACUUAACCACAUGUUUAAAUCAUCCAUUCGGACAGGUCACUCCGGGAUUUCGCUGUUUUAAAAAAAGAAGAAGACAACGUUAAGGACGCCCAGCCGAAGCCGCGGCGCUGAUAUGAACGUUUCCCCUCACAGUGUCGGGAGAAAGCUAGCGGAGCACAGCCGGUGAAUUCAAGCGGAGCCCGAACAGUGAGCUAGCAUUAGCCUGUUAGCUUCCCGUUAGCUUGGGAGUUGCUAAUAAAAAUUCGUCCACUCAUUUUGUACACCUGCGCCGCCGCGCUGCCUCGUGUCAAAGCCACCGGGCAGUCAUCGCCAGCACCGCGGACUUCUGCGCUCGUAUUUUACAGUGUCUGUGUUUUAUUAUUAAUUUCGUGAAAGGAGAAGGGGACCGUGACAGGUUGAGGUCGGGACCAGCGGAGCAAGCGUUGUCCUCAAGUGGCCGUUCACCAUGGACAACGCACACACGAAGACGGUGGAGGAAGUUUACAGCUUUUUUAACGUGAACGAAAGCACGGGCCUCAGCUUGGAGGAGGUGAAGAAACAACGGGAACGAUAUGGACCGAACGAGCUGCCAGCUGAAGAGGGUAAAUCCUUGUGGGAGCUGGUGGUUGAACAAUUUGAGGACUUGCUUGUCAGGAUCCUUCUACUUGCUGCCCUCAUAUCCUUUGGGCUGGCUUGGUUCGAAGAGGGAGAAGAAACCGUUACAGCCUUCGUGGAGCCUUUUGUGAUCCUUCUAAUUCUCAUAGCUAAUGCUAUUGUUGGAGUCUGGCAGGAGCGGAAUGCAGAAAAUGCCAUUGAAGCACUCAAGGAAUACGAGCCGGAGAUGGGGAAGGUGUACCGCCAGGACAGGAAGAGUGUCCAGAGAAUCAAGGCCAGGGACAUCGUGCCUGGGGACAUCGUGGAGGUUGCUGUCGGUGAUAAAGUGCCUGCAGACAUCAGGCUGUGCUCCAUCAAGUCAACAACGCUGAGGGUAGACCAAUCGAUCCUGACAGGAGAGUCGGUGUCUGUGAUCAAGCACACAGACCCGGUGCCGGACCCACGUGCUGUCAACCAGGACAAGAAGAACAUGCUCUUUUCUGGCACCAACAUCGCAGCCGGUAAGGCCGUCGGCGUGGUGGUGGCCACCGCUGGCAACACUGAGAUCGGCAAGAUCAGAGAUGAGAUGGCUUCAACGGAACAAGAGCGCACGCCCCUGCAGCAGAAGCUGGAUGAGUUUGGCCAGCAGUUGUCGAAGGUUAUUUCACUGAUCUGCAUCGCUGUGUGGAUCAUCAACAUUGGGCAUUUCAAUGAUCCUGUCCACGGAGGUUCCUGGAUCCGAGGAGCCGUUUAUUACUUUAAGAUUGCCGUCGCCCUGGCGGUGGCUGCGAUCCCUGAAGGUCUGCCUGCUGUCAUCACUACCUGCCUGGCUUUGGGAACACGUCGCAUGGCCAAGAAAAAUGCCAUUGUCCGCAGUUUGCCCUCCGUGGAGACCCUCGGCUGCACAUCUGUUAUCUGCUCUGACAAGACCGGCACACUGACCACCAAUCAGAUGUCCGUGUGCAGGAUGUUUAUCAUUGACCAGGCUGAGGGCGAUCACUGUUCAUUGAAGGAAUUUACUGUAACUGGAUCCACAUAUGCCCCAGAUGGAGAAGUGUACCACGAUGGAAAGCUUGUCAAAUGUUCCCAGUAUGAUGCGCUGGUGGAGCUGGCCUCGAUCUGUGCCCUCUGUAAUGACUCCUCACUGGACUAUAACGAGACCAAAGGUGUGUAUGAGAAGGUGGGUGAGGCGACAGAGACGGCCCUCACGUGUCUGGUGGAGAAGAUGAACGUGUUUGACACAGACGUGAAAGGCCUGUCUAAGAUUGAGCGAGCCAAUGCCUGUAAUUGUGUGAUCAAGCAGCUGAUGAAGAAAGAGUUUACUUUGGAAUUCUCUCGAGACAGGAAGUCCAUGUCUGUGUAUUGCACUCCUAACAAAGCACGCUCUUCUGUUGGAAAGAUGUUUGUGAAGGGUGCACCUGAGGGAGUGAUUGACAGGUGCACACACAUCCGCGUAGGAGGAAACAAAGUCCCUCUGACUGCCGGUAUCAAGGAGAAGCUGAUGUCCGUCAUUAGAGAGUAUGGAACCGGCAGGGACACCCUGCGUUGUCUGGCUCUGGCCACCCGCGAUAACCCCAUGAGCAAAGACGAGCUGGCGCUGGAGGACUCGAGUCGCUUCAUUGAGUACGAGACCGAUCUGACCUUUGUGGGCUGUGUGGGCAUGCUGGAUCCUCCCAGGGCAGAGGUGGCAGCCUCUAUCAGGCUCUGCCGUCUGGCUGGCAUCCGAGUGAUCAUGAUCACAGGAGACAACAAAGGUACGGCAGUGGCUAUCUGCAGGCGGAUUGGUAUUUUUGGCGAGAAUGAAGACGUUUCCACCAUGGCGUUUACCGGCAGGGAGUUUGACGAUCUGUCACCUGCUGCGCAGAGAGACGCUGUGGUCAAGGCCCGCUGCUUUGCCCGUGUUGAGCCUUCACAUAAAUCCAAAAUUGUUGAGUAUCUGCAGUCCUACGAUGAGAUUACAGCCAUGACUGGCGAUGGAGUGAACGACGCCCCUGCUCUUAAAAAGGCUGAGAUCGGCAUCGCCAUGGGCUCCGGCACAGCCGUGGCCAAGACCGCCUCUGAGAUGGUGCUUGCUGACGACAACUUUUCCACCAUUGUCGCUGCAGUCGAGGAAGGCCGAGCUAUUUAUAAUAACAUGAAGCAGUUUAUCAGAUACCUCAUCUCUUCCAAUGUUGGCGAAGUCGUCUGCAUCUUCCUGACUGCAGCGCUGGGUUUUCCUGAAGCGCUCAUCCCCGUUCAGCUGCUCUGGGUCAACCUGGUGACGGAUGGCUUCCCCGCCACCGCUUUAGGCUUCAACCCCCCAGAUUUGGACAUCAUGUACAAGCCUCCACGCAGUGCUCGAGAGCCGCUCAUCUCCGGAUGGCUCUUCUGCAGAUAUCUCGCCAUUGGAUGUUACGUUGGUGCUGCUACGGUCGGCGCUGCUGCCUGGUGGUUUGUUGCUGCUGAGGAUGGACCAAGGAUCACUUUUUACCAGCUGAGCCAUUUCCUCCAGUGUGGUCCAGAAAACCCAGACUUUCAGGGUCUGGACUGCAAGAUCUUCGAGUCUCCUUACCCCAUGACCAUGGCCUUGUCAGUGCUGGUCACCAUUGAGAUGUGCAAUGCUCUAAACAGCGUGUCGGAGAACCAGUCUCUGCUGCGGAUGCCUCCCUGGGAGAACGUGUGGCUGCUGGGAGCGAUCUGCCUCUCCAUGUCUCUUCACUUCCUCAUUCUCUAUGUGGAGCCUCUUGCAAUAAUCUUCCAGAUCACUCCUCUGAAUCUGAUACAGUGGCUCAUGGUGCUCAAGAUCUCGCUGCCCGUCAUCCUCCUGGACGAAAUGCUCAAGUUCUUUACCAGGAACUGGCUGGAGCCCGGUAAAGAGCUGGAGAAGCCCGACGGCUCCAAAGGCUGUGCCCUGUCUGCAUGUUUGGAGGGCAUCUCCUGGCCCUUCGUGGCCAUUUCCCUGCCCCUGGUCCUCUGGAUCUACAGCUCCGACACUAACAUGGCCGACCUGUUCUGGUCCUGUCUGACUUGAGCACAACCUCGACUCUUUCCAUUCCUCCCCUCACCCUCACCCACUGCCAUCACCUCCCUCUUUCCUCUCCUCCUCCUCCUCCUCCUCCUCCUCCACUCUCCCUCCCUCCCUUCCUAAAUGUGCAUAGCUAGAGUGUGUGUGCGCGAGUUUGUAGAGUGUAGCGUGCGUGUGCGCUUGUGCGUGUGUACAAGAAGGACCAACUUUAAGUCACGAAACGUAACAAAUAAUAUCAAAUGUUAACAUUGGCGAAGCUCUGAGUUGGGAUAGGAUUUGUGCGUGGGUGAGGCUUUAAUCGUGAGUGUUAGAAGGGCGUCUCUCCCAUAGCCAUGGACAUUGUUGCUGGUUCAAAUGAAAAUAUACUGUUGCCAGUUUUUUUUUUUUUUUAAUUGUUUGGUUAAAGCUGAUAAUGCCUUUAAAGGUUACUAUUUUUAACAAUGUUGGGAAUCUCAUAUGUCCUAUGUCACUACAGUAACAACAGCAAAUUGUUUGAUUUAGUUCCCCUCUCGAUGAAAAAAGGAAAUGUAAGACAUUAGAAACGGCGAUCUGUACAGAGAUUGAACACUAUUUUAUGCAACUUUUUUUUAUGGCUUUGUAAAUUGUUUGACCAGCGUGGCUUAGACAUACCGCCUUGAUUUGUUUUGUUUUGUUUUUUUUUUUUUUUAAUGUUUACCAUUGUGUCUUCAGUAUAUAUUCAGAACUCUUUCAGAGAGGACAAGCUCCAUGUGGCAGACAAGGAUGGGGAAAGGUUUGGGACUCCCGAGUGAAAUGUUGUGAAUGCUCAGCUACAAAAAAAAAAAAAAACAAAAGAAAAAAAAAAAACAACCGAAAAAAACAAGCCGCAUGUCCUGUGACCAAGCAUGAACUGUAUGUGGUUUUCCCAUUUCUAAUUUAAUUGUGUAUGUCCCCCAUGUUUAGAGCGUAAAUUAACUUCAUGGAUGUUUUUCUUUCUUUUUUUUUAAUCUUAAUGAUUGAGAAUAAGUCAGUUUUUUUUCUGCACUGGGCAGAGCACAGCUACCUCAAUAUGAAGAAAAAAGAAUUACUUGUUUUUGCUCAUCUCUAGAUGCUUUUCCUCCAGUCUAGCUAAAGCGUAACAUCUGAGGUGUGCCCCUAUUUGCUUGUGCAGAAAACAAAGAUCAAAAUCUUUCAUUCCCUCUUUAACCUUUUUAAGAAUAUAUUUGGUUUGUGCUGAUCUGUGACAUACAUAACUUUAUUUGUGCUUUGGAGACAGAACUGGGUGGGGAUGCUGUAAACCGAUUACCAUCUCCAUGGCGUUUGAUUCAAAGGAACCUAAUAUUAAAAUCUUUAAGAACUACUAAUACAUCAAGAACUCCAAAUGGAUUGAACAUUAAAAAAAAUCCCAAUGUUCUUUUUUCUGUUUUUUUUUUACUUCAAGGAAAAAUACACCCAUGAAACCUUUGAAUCAAGUGUUUUCUGUCUUUAUUUAAUACAACUGAAGCCCGUGGCUGUCGACAUUCUUCAUAUCCAGUGUUGUUUUUUGUAUGUGCUUAUGAUACUUGAAUACAGAUCAUUUCAGACAUACGAAUGCUUCGGUUUUCUUGGCACAACCUGGCGGGCGGGAGCUCUUAACAGAAACUGAUCCGUGUGGUUGUUUUGACUCGUACAAGCUUUGCUCUGUUGUGGGGAACAUCAUACACUCUGUGGUAGUCGUGUCAAAUUCAGAGCCUAAUACGGUCGAAACGGCACUAAUCUGAAGCGUCGUCUUGUGUGUGAGAAAGCCCUCCUCUCGUCCGAAGCAUGUGUUUUUGGGAGCAGAAGCCUGCGUUUGGUCACACUGUGUUUUGUGUUCCACAUAACAACUGUGUGCUUUUCUUCUUCAAUGCCUUCCACUGGCCCCCCUGUCGCCACAGUUGUCUCUCUUAAAAAGCUUCAGAUAAUUUGUUGGGGCGGCCUUAAACAGUUUUGGGGGUCGUCUCCAACCGUCCAGCUCGCGCACUCAGUCCGACUUCACCACACAUCCGAGGCCGUGAAGACCAGCAGUACGUACCUUUGCACAGGGCAGAAUGGACACGUAGACCAAACAUGUAAGGGUGUACUCAAAAAUGAAUAUAUAUAAAAGGUGGAGCACAUGACUACACAUAAACACACACGUACACUUAUUUACACACUUAUACCUCCGUGUGCAAAUGCUAAAUCUUUUGAAGUUUCCGUGUGCAGGGGAGUUUCGACGCCCUCGGUGAUCCUUCGUGCAUGAAGAACUCGUUUCCAACUUCCAUGGUAGCUUGUCACCAGACUUUUAGAAA